AUGCUACUGCCGCCCUCCCGCCCCUGCGAGUCAGUUGGAUUCGAGAGCAGUAAAGGCGCCAACGACGACGCUGCAGCGCAGAAGGCACACAGAGAGGACGCCACUAUGACGACUUUGAUCCGAUGCUUGGGUCGUGAGGGAUCGAAGACGAAGAUGAAAAGAAGGGCGAGACAUUACAAUUCUCCACAAAAAUAUCACACUACUCGACACGACGUGCAAGUUCAAAGAAGUUACUCAGGCAACAUUCGCUAUUCAUUAUCAUCUACAACUUCUCAGAAUAGACCUAUGCCGUCAUUAUUAUCCCCCCGGGAAAGCCCUAAUCCGUCGCUGUGUAGCACAGCUACACUUGUAACCGCGCGACUCCCCAUACUUCCUAUUCCAAAUGCUGUCCAUCAGGAACGAGAUUUCUACCAUUCAUUCGAAUUAAUCAAGGUCGGUAUUCUCGCUAAGAAAGAAGCACUUUCGGCGCUUUCUACGCACCCAUUGGCUGGGCCAUCUCGAAUGCCUCUUUGGCCUGCUUCAGCCCGAAUGCCGUCAUCUUGGAGGGAAAAACUCUGCAAAUAUGGAUUAACCGCGGCCAGAAAAAGAAGAACAGGAAAGAAGGUGGGAGACGGAGACUUAGGGGGACAGUGGAGGUUCGCGUCAAGACGGAACAGAGAGAGGCAGGCAUAA